AUGGAGGAUAUCCCAGAGCAUUUACAAACCCUCCUCCACAAGAUAGCUAAAGAGCAGAAGUUCCUUGAGUACAUAUUGGACAUCAAGCCGAUCUCGAGUGGCGGCGCGAACUACACGUCGCGGUUGUACGCGGUCAGCGUCACAGAGCGCGCGCGCACGCUGCGCCUGUUCGUGAAGGUGGCGGCCAUCGGGGAGAAGAUGCGCGCGCAGGCGCCCAAAGUGUACGAGACGGAGCGCUACUGCUACACACAGCUCGUGCACAUCUACGAGCAACUACAAGAGGAGUACAAUGUGCCGCCCGACCAGCGGCUGGCCUUCUGCCAGUACUACGGCUGCAACCCCGUGCGCUUCCAGGAGACCAUCGUGCUGGCCGACCUGGUGGCGGACGGCUACGAGUCCUACGACCGCUUCCGCUCCAUUGACUGGCCCUACGCCCAAGCUGCCGUUACAGAACUAGCUAAACUGCACGCCACGUCCAUGGCGUACUGGAAAUAUUAUCCUGAUGACUUCACCAUAAUGUUAGAGAAAGUACGGUUCGAUUGGGCCCUGGAUGACCCUGGUCUGGAGAAGUACUUGGCAGGCAUGACCGGGAGAGCUCUCAGCCAUGUUUCGAAGGAACACAAACCUAAGUUGGAGAAGUAUUUCAAGGAGCUGGACGUGGAAGCGUUCGCGUCAGCGUUCAGGAGCAGUCGACGCCAGGUGGUGGGACACGGCGACUACAGGCCCAGUAACCUCAUGCAUAAGAUUCUCAACGACGGCAAGGUGGACAUCAAGAUUCUGGACCUGCAGACCCUGCAGCGUGGCAGUCCAGUCACCGACCUGCUGUAUUUCAUCUUCACGGGGUCCGACGAGCAGUUCCGCGCGAAGUACUUCGACCGGCUCGUGGAGCACUACUACUCGCAGCUCAGCGCCUCCAUGAGGAGGCUGCACCUCAACCCUCACGAGGUCUUCUCUGAGGAGGACUUUGACGCGGAACUUAAGGAGAAGCUGCCGUUCGGUCUGACCCUGGCCACGUUCUCGCUGCCAGUCAUCACGGUAGACACGGAAGACGCGCCGAAGGUCGACGAGACUCUUGAGAUCUCCAGCUUCAGCACGGGGAAGACCAACGACCUUUACAGCGAGCGCCUCAACGGGGUCGUUAAUGACUACGUUAGGUGGGGCAUACUCAAAUAAUCGACAAAAAACUUUUUAAGACAAUUAUGGACGGUUUCUGAACACUUUGACUUUGAAGUGACUUUGACUUUGGCUUCGACUAUGACUUAGACUUUGACUUAGACUUUGACAUGACUUGACUUGACAUAGACUUUGACAGUGACUUUAAGUUCACCUAUAAUUUUUCCCUUACUAAAAAACGGGUAAAACAUCGUCUAAGUUGCUCAGAAACCGACCAUUUGCAACGUAUUAUGCGCGAAUAAAAUAAUUUUUGAUUUACUUUGCUUUAAUGAAACAGUACAAAUUAAAAUGUAAUCCUAUAAUGUAAUGUUUUUGUCUAGUCUUUGCUAUUUUGUAAGAUAACGUCAACAGUAUUCUAGAUUCUAGACGCACGGGUUCUUACGUACAGCAAGAUGAUGUGACAAUGCACUUAGUUUCUAUUUGGUGGUGGUAUUAUUAUAAUCAAUUCUUUUUUUAUAUUUUUGACUAAAUGUUAUAAUUUACUGUGUAGAUGUAAGUUUCUUUGAAGUAUUUGUACAAGGAAUUAUUUGUUCUGCUGACAAAAGCUAUAUUUAGCUUGAUCCGUAAAAUCAAAAUGAAAAUAUGGACAUUCGUCACGAUACGAUACCAUAUUUCAAAGGAGUAUUUUCUAAGGAUGCAACAAAUUCUUUGAUAUAUUUCAACAUACAUAAUUAUAAUAGAAUAAUAUAGAUGUCAUAAGAAAAUAACAGUGACCCACCAAGUGUUAAUGUUAUAACAGAUCUCAUUAAAAUUAUUGCUAUAGUUUGUUGAAUCCUUAGUAUUAAUAUAGAAUUAUCUGAAA